CCUCCACGUACGUACGGGUGUGGACGCACAGCUCUCUGAAUGCUGAAGGUAACACAGCAAGGCUUGUAACUUUUCCUCUGUACAGCUACAAUACACCGCAACAAGCUAAUAUAUCCGGGUCGUGUUGGUGCUGCUCUGAUUGUGGUUCAUGCUGUCCCAAAUGAGGGACUGAUGCUGGCCAGGACGUGCCUGAACCCAUCGGGUUGCAACUCUUGUCUGUCCCAGUUUAGUUCUGCAUCUGCUCCCACGGGUGCAUCCUAGAAGAAAAACAAUACACCAGCCAAAAUGGAUGAUAUAUUCACUCAGUGCCGGGAAGGCAAUGCAGUGGCAGUUCGUUUAUGGCUGGACAACACAGAGAAUGAUCUCAAUCAAGGAGAUGACCAUGGCUUCAGCCCUCUCCACUGGGCUUGCAGAGAGGGUCGCUCCAAUGUGGUGGACAUGCUCAUCAUGCGAGGAGCGCGCAUUAAUGUCAUGAACCGGGGAGACGACACACCCCUGCACCUGGCUGCCAGCCAUGGACAUCGCGACAUUGUGGGAAAGCUGAUCCAGUGCAAAGCAGACACCAAUGCCGUCAAUGAACACGGGAACACACCACUGCAUUAUGCUUGCUUCUGGGGACAAGACCAAGUAGCUGAGGACCUUGUGACUAAUGGAGCUCUAGUGAGCAUCUGUAACAAGUAUGGGGAAACUCCAUUGGACAAAGGGAAACCUCACCUCCGUGAACUCCUCAGAGAAAAGGCUGAGAAAAUGGGACAGAACUUGACUAAAAUUCCCUUCAAGGACAGUUUCUGGAAAGGCACCACCAGAACCCGUCCCCGCAAUGGAACAUUGAAUAAACAGGCAGGCAUUGACUACAGACAGCUUUCUCUAGCCCAUAAAGUAAACGAGAACCAGUCUGGAGAGCUCUGGCAAGGGCGCUGGCAGGGAAAUGAAAUUGCCAUUAAACUGCUAAAAGUUCGUGACUGGACCACUAGGAAAGGCAGAGACUUCAAUGAGGAGUAUCCCAAACUCAGGAUAUUUUCCCAUCCGAAUGUCCUACCCAUGUUGGGAGCAUGUCAGUCUCCUCCCGCCCCUCACCCCAUCAUCAUCGCACACUGGAUGCCUUAUGGCUCCCUCUACAACGUGCUGCAUGAAGGCACCAAUUUUGUGGUGGAUCAGACACAGGCGGUCAAGUUUGCCCUUGACAUUGCUAAUGGAAUGGCGUUCCUACACACACUUGAACCCAUGAUCCCUCGCCAUUACCUCAACAGCAAGAGUGUAAUGAUAGAUGAGGACAUGACGGCAAGGAUCAGCAUGGCAGACGUCAAGUUUUCCUUCCAGUGUCCUGGCAGGAUGUACUCGCCAGCAUGGGUAGCCCCUGAGGCCCUUCAGAAGAAGCCAGAAGAGAUCAACCGCCGGUCAGCAGACAUGUGGAGCUUUGCUAUCCUGUUGUGGGAGUUGGUAACCAGAGAAGUGCCAUUUGCUGACCUGUCCAACAUGGAGAUAGGCAUGAAGGUUUCUUUGGAGGGGUUGAGGCCCACUAUCCCCCCUGGCAUCUCUCCCCACAUUUGCAAGCUCAUGAAGAUAUGCAUGAACGAAGAUCCAGCAAAGAGGCCUAAAUUUGACAUGAUUGUGCCAAUUCUGGAAAAAAUGCAGGACAAGUGAUAAACAUCUUCUGACCUUCUUUACCUAACUGAUGAACAACAGGAUAUCUUAACCCAGAUUUGACUCUGAGAUGUUGGUGUGGUGCUUACCAAUAUUGCCUUAAAGUCUCAUUCUCACACUCCGCUGUUUUCAACACCACUGUACCUUCUGCUUGUGAGAUGAAUUCAGCAGAAAUCACUCCUUUUUAUAUUCUGUUUUUUUUCCUCUUCUGUUAAAAUGAUAUCAAAGUUUUGUUACUGAUCUGCUGACACUGUCUGCAGAAGCAUAGUAUUUACUGUUCACUGUAUAAACUGCAAUCAUAUUGAACUGAGUAAAAUCUCAAGUGACAAAAUAACCCGUGGAGGUCAGCAUGACAUUCUGUUGAAUUCCUUCAGUGGUGGGCCUGCCAUGCUGAUCCUCGCUGUAUUAAAAAGUCUCCCUCUAAGGUGACUGCUCCUUUUGCAAUGAUGGCCCAUAACAAAUGGAUAACAUAUUAACCAAAAGCUUGUGGGGAUAUGUUGUAUUAAUAUCAUCAAAUGUUUGAAGCUGAACAUUUAAACGUAUUAGAUAAUAAAACAAUAUGAAUGAGCAGUGCCCUUGAGCGCAUGUACAAAAAGCAGCGUUGUGCCUUUUAGCUGGGCUGCAUAGUGGUAAUGAUGAGCUUGGCCUUUUCGUGGACCGACUAUAUCUUGUGCAACCUCACAAUGAUUUAAAACUGGCCAUAAAAGCUUGGAGUUUUUGGGAAAAAUUCACCCAGAAUGGAAUGGAAUUCUUGGUAAUUGUGUUAAUGUAAUCGGCAUUACUUAGUUGCUUAAUCUUUCAGUAAUUAUUUUUCCCCCUGAUACAUUAUUUGAAUCCUGUUUGCUCUACUGUUGAACAAAAACGUCAGUCAGCCUGUGCCAUCAUGUAUGAAAGAAAUGAUGAAAUAUGAAAAAUGUUCACAAAGAAAUGAUGUCAGCUCAAUGCUGACAUCAUUUCUUUGUGAACCAACAUGAAAGCUGCACCCUAUUAUGUAAUUUAUUAAAGCAUAAGAUAGAUGCAGUCAAAAUUAGGUGUUGUCAGGGACACUUCACCCAGUUCUUUGGUUUUCAUCAAGGGUUUGACUUAACAUGUGUUUGUGUUCUCUCGUUUAUUAUUUGAUCCACUGGAUUACUUCUUGCUUUAUAUCCCACUCAAGGUUUUUUUUGUCUUUUCUGUGCCUCCACCAGCUUGCUUGUUUGUGCUGAAGCCAAAAUCAAGAAUGACAUAUGCAAAUGUAUGUAUUUAUAUAUAAGUAUAUUAAAAAAUAAAACAU